UCGCAUAAUUUGGCAGACUCAAACGAUUUUUCCAAGAUGGCGUUUUCUUUCGCCGUGAAAUUCAGCCAAUCAGCGUCGUUAGAUUCGUAAAUUUUUCAGUCAUUUCAGUUCUUCGCGUCGUAAGUACAAUUUGUUUGCCUGCGUCUUUAGCGUUCAAAAAGUGAAAUUCGGCUGUUAGUUGCAACAUAAAAUUAUUCAAUUCGCCCCAAAAAGAAAUAAAGAUGUGACAUGUGGAACGUCAGUACAGUAUUUGUAAACAAAUUGUCUAUAAUUUAUUUUCUUUUCGGGGGGACAAAGUGCCAUGCACGCUUGGUGCAAUCACCAAUAGAACUGAAAAUUCUACCGAAAUCCAACAAAAUAAGAUUUAAAUAAAAUCAAAUUCAAGGUGUUGUAAGAGGUGAUUAUUAACAAGUGUAAAGUUGAUCCAUUUUUUAUUCUCAAAAUGUAAGUGACAUCAGUGAAAGCAAUCGAAAAAAUAAAAAAAUUUGUUCAGAGAGACUAAAGAAACAACACAAAACAGUAAACCAAUCAAAUUGUUUGACCAAAAUGUCGGGAAGAGGUGCAAAGAGGCGUGGACGGCCACCAAAAACUCCGUCCAUGGACCGAAAGUCAAAGUUUGAAUAUCAUUUAGUAAAAAAACCGAAAUAUCUGAUGAAUCGGGGAUCCGAUUCCCAAUUAAGUACACCGAACCGUUCGCGUGCUUCCUCACCGCAAGACAGUGACGUGAGUCGACCGAGUAUUUCCAGGCCAUCAACUUCCCGUUUAGCUGGUCGACGAAGUAAUACCCGUGGUGCUAGUAAAAGGGGAAAGCCGAGUGCAUCACGAAAUUCGUCAUAUUCGAAGAAAGAUUUUGAAUCCGAGUAUCUAUAUGGUUCCGAUUUUGGUGAUUCGUCCGAUGAACACGAUCCAGACGAUGAUAUGCUUAUGUCGCCAAGUGAAACUGAAAGUCUAACUGGAGAUCACGACAGCGAAAGUGAUUUUUCAAUUAGUAGCUUUAGUAAUGGCAGUGGUACAACGAAACCACGACAACCUAGUCCAGAACCGCUGUGGUUGCAGCAAAAGGAUAUUGUACCGUUAGAAUUGCCAGAAUCUUCCGAUGAUUUGCUUAUACCGAAAGCGCAAGCUCUCAAGGCCACAUCCAUUUAUGAAAUUAUGCGACGAUUCAAGUAUUUGGUUCGUUUGUCGCCGUUCCGUUUGGAAGAUUUUUGUGCAGCACUUUUAAGUGAUGAACAAAGCGCUCUGCUUAUCGAGAUCCACAUUGCAUUGAUGAAGGCAAUAUUUCGCGAAGAAGACUCACAAGCAACGCAUUUCGGACCGCUGGAUCAGAAGGACAGCGUCAACAUUACAUUAUAUCUAAUUGAUCAAGUCACUUGGCCAGAAGUAUUGCGAUGUUAUGUGGAAAGUGAUGCCUCGUUCGACAAAGACGUUCUAAACAUAUUGUCGACCAAGGAGUAUCCCUUCACAUCCAUAGCCGAUCGAAUGGUAGUGUUGGAAUUCCUAACCGAUCAUUUCUUGAGAACGACAUCGGUACGUGACAAUCUACUUCAAGAAGGUCCCAUCCAUUAUGAUGACCAUUGUCGCAUUUGCCAUCGUUUGGGCGAUUUGCUGUGUUGUGAAACAUGUCCGGCCGUUUUUCAUUUGGAAUGUGUGGAUCCACCAAUGGUCGACGUACCGACGGAAGACUGGCAGUGCAAUAUUUGCAAGUCGCAUCAAUUGUCAGGCGUGUCUGAUUGCAUAUCGACACAGGAGAAAGAGGGUAUGCUGUGCCGGCAAGAGCAUCUCGGCUACGAUCGGCAUGGCAGAAAGUAUUGGUUCGUGGCUCGACGCAUUUUCGUCGAAACCGAGGAUGGCACUGAAAAUUGGUACUACAGUUCAGUAGCGCAGUUCGAGCUGUUGAUGUCGAAACUUGACGAAAAGGAUAUGGAGCUAUCACUUUGCCGUGAAUUGUCUGACUUCAAAGAUGAAAUUGUCCGACAAAUGAAAAUAACGGAGAAAAUGACUGAACAGCAUAAGGGCAACAAAAAAAGUUACCUGGAAAUUGAGAAUCAGAGCAUUGCAAAGUUGUUGGAUAAAAAAGAUGUUGCAGAUGUCGAGGAAAAGCCGGUUGAAGAGAAGGAAACCGAAGAGCCCGUAAAAGAACAGCAAAAUGAUGAGGAAGAAAUUAAUGUUGACGAAGUCAGUCCACCUAGACACAACACAAGGUUGAAGACUGGCACAAUAACUCAGAAAGUAAUAAAUGUCGACGAACUGAAGCGUAAAAAUUCCUUAACGGGUAAAGACGAUCUAGGCAAACUUGGCAUUGAUUCGGACACAAUGUUGACAAGACAAAAAGUUUCGCAAAUAUCCAAUGGAACUCUACUAUUUCGACUCGGCAUGGAAAAUGCAUUCAAAACUUACGUCAAUCAAUUCUCCACCAAUACGAUUGCAUUGAACAAGCCUCAACGGAACGAGGAACGCGACAAGAAACGACAUUUAUCCCACAAGUUUUCGUUGACAACAGCCUCCGAAUUCAAGUGGAAUGGAGUGCUGAAUGGGACACAAACCAGUAUUAUCACAAGUUUAAGACAAACCAUACUUGCCUUAGAGCAAGCCAUUUCAUCGCCGUUUAUGCACGUCAAUUGGAGUUCAUUGCGUAAGCUAUGGGUAGCAGCCGUUGCAAAUUGCUCGAAACCGAAAGAUUUUGCCAGAGUAGUAGCCAUUCUUCAAGCAUGUUUCAAAGGCUCAAUUUUCGCCAAUGUGUGGCACGAACAAUUGGGUCACACUAAACUGCAACGCAUUACAUCGGCAGAACGGGAAGAGAAAAAGAAACUGGAAAAGCGAGAAAAACGUGAACGUGAUGACGAAGAGGAGCGCAAUAGAUUGGCUGUAAAUUUUGUAAAAUAUUCGUUGGGAUUCAAACAUCAAGUAUGGAAGCAGAAAGGUGAAGAGUAUCGUAUCCAUGGACAGUGGGGUUGGAUUUGGAUGUCCUAUGGUAGAAGGAGUCAUAUUCAGGAUGCUGCCAUCGACAAGAUCAAUCCCAACAAAAUCAUGCUUCAUGUAAAGGACGGUGAUGUGGAUAAAGUUAUUGAGGUCCGAUCGAGUACGUUCGAAUACUUCAAAACAUUCAGCGAUGGCGGUGACAUUGACAACAGGCCAGAUGAAUUUAAAAAUAUCACUCUGGCUCCAACUCUCAACGAGUUCGAUUCCAUCGACGUUUCGCGUGCUUUAACUGCUUCAGGUCGUUUACUCUAUCCAAAAAUUGCCAAGAAAUCGAAACUGGAUGAUCUACUGGCACGCCGUAUCGGUCUACGCGACAGUGAGGAACAAAAACUUGCAAGCAGUUCUGUGGAUGAAGCUCUGGACGUUGGAAAUGAUGAUACACCUGCAAAGCCCGUUCCUCAUCCGGUUGAAAAACAGUUGAACGAGAUCAUCGGAAAUAAAAGCGCCACUGCAGCAACGUCAAAUUCAUCUCAAGGAAAGACCGCAGUCGUUGAUAUGGAACUAGCAAAGAAAAUCCAGGCUACGCGUUUUCAAUUCGGCCAAAUAAAUCGGCUUGGAAAGGGAUACAAAUGUUAUUCCAAAGAGUGCAAUAACACCAACUCGAACGUGUUUUCAUUGCAACAAGCCAGCGUCGUUACUUGCUAUUCACCCACCUGUCUGCAAAGGUCUCGAGUAAAACGGGAUUUGAUUUUGCUGUUGAGAAAAGCACACGCAGCAGGUAACGGGUCUGAGGAAACCGUUGCCGCUAUAAUGAAUGUCGGCAAUAAAAAAUCCCUGAGCAACGGUAAACGUCAAUCCAAACAAUCCAAUGGAACAACGGAAAAAAUCCCCGACGAUCCGGUCAAAAUGUUGAAGGAUUUUAAUGAUGCCAUUCGAACGUCGUACUCUUAUGCUAACACAGAUGUGAUGGAAUGUAUUACAUUGAAGUCUCAGGACGAUAAAGCGGAAGUUAAGAAUGAAAUUAAGGUUGAGAUCAAGGAAGAGACGAAAGAUGAAACAAAAGAAGAGCCGAAAGGUGAAAUGCGAGAAGAGUCGAAAGAAGACACAAAAGAGGAAGCGAAUGACGAGAUCAAAGUUGAUGUGGAAGAUGAAUGGAAGCAUAUUACGAACGAUGACAUGGAAAUUGAAGAACCAAUCAAACCCACUGCUAAAGAAGUGCAAGACGAAAUGGAACGCGUUCAAGCGAACAAUUUUGAUGUCAGUAUGAAUGAACUUCCACCUGCUAAACGUCCCCGGUUAAAUGAUCUCGAUAACGAUAUCGACGUCGAAUCAACUAAUGUUAAUCAAUCAUUGAUGGAUAUCGACCGAGACGCUUCGUUAAGUAAUGAUGGUUCCGACAGCCAAUUCAAUGUAUCAAAGACCCGCUCAUCUCGCAGAAAUAUAAAAUCAAAAACUACCGUCACUACUACAACUACAACAAGUCGUACGACAACCAAAUUUGAUGAUGGUUCCAUUGAGGAAGAGUCAAACUCCAGCACCAAAUCCAAAUCUCAAGAGAGAACAUUGGCAAACAAUCGACGCGCUACCAGUGUUACAACAAAUACUGCAACCGUUGAACGAUCCACUUACGUGUAUCAUCCGAAUCGUCGAUUCGCAGUUAAUGCUAAAAAGUCAGUCAAAACUGAGGAAACAAAAAUUGUUGAGUACGGACCUGAUGGUACCACAGAACGAGUGUACACGACCACAUCCACCAAAGGAAAGAUCUACUUAAAUAAAGCCGUCGUCGAGAAGAAAUCUUCGGUUAAACCAAAAGUUGUCGGUGUAAUGAAGUAUCCAGUCAUCGGUAAUUAUUUAACUCGUAGCGGUAUUAGAUCUCUGAUGACUGUACAACGACACGAACUCGUCAAAUUGGCCAGAAGUAGUGGAAAAACAACAUUGGCCGGUUUCAAUCAACUGUCCAAGGCAAACAUGUCCGUUUGGCCGUAUCCAUGCUCUCGUCCACUAUUUAAAACGUGCUGGGUAUUCCGAACCAUGAACGUACAGACUUUAUCAGCUUUAGCAUUACAAUUGCGUAUUAUUUGGUGUUGCUUGAAAUGGGACGAUAUGGCCACCAAACCACCGACAUCCGACGGAAAGAAUCAAAUUACUACUGAGACUGAAAUUAUGUCACAAGAAAUAUUGAAAUAUCGACAUUGUGGUCGAUUUUCGGAGAAGACUCAAUAUCUUCGACGGAAAGUUGUCAUCCCACUGGAAUUGCCAAAGACUAUUCGAGAAUUCACCUCAAUACGCUCUGGAUUGCGUAAAAGAAAACGUGCAGAGUCUCCACAGAAAACGGAGCCGCAAGUAACAGAAGAAUGGGUGGAUGAAGACAAGUUGGAAUUGUGGGAGAUCAAACAAUUCGGCGAGAAGCAAAUAACAUUACAACAACCGAUUACUCGACAAAGUACUGGAAAACUUCCUCCAUCUCGAUCAUUGGAAAUUGGUUCAACCUCAACAUCGUCACCAUCAAAUACGACGGUCAGCGCUAAAGUGGUUGUCACGAACAAAGCGACGCCGGAAGAGAUUAAGGAAAAACUUGAACAACAGUUGCGUUUACAGCGUGCAGCCCAUCAUCAAAAGCGAGCACUUGAAAUGCAGAAACAGACCGCUUCCACCUCUGUUGAGGAAGACAAUAAAGAAACAGAUGCGUCAAAACCACACAUCAUUGGACAACGGAAAAUUGUGGUUAAAAAUCCGGAUGGAACCACGAGAAUCAUUCAGCAAGCUAUCCAAGCUCCACAGCCGAAACAAGCUGUUAUUUCGUCACCGGCCACAGCUACCGAAACUGGUACUACGCAAAAAGUACAGAUCAUUCGUGGUCCCGACAACAAGGUCAUGGUUCGUGGUCUCAAUCCUGGCCAGCAACUGAUCAAAUUACCAAAUGGAAAAUUACACGUCCUAACCACGUCACCAGCACCAGCUGCUGGUAAAACGGUCAUGAAAGUUAACGUUCCUACUACACCAAAACAAAUCAUAACGAAAACCAUUCCACAAUCAUCUCCGCAAGUUAUUCAAGGAGUAAAGACACCAGUUGUCAUUAGACAACAACUGCCAAAAUCUUCAACCAUUGUAUCCAAACCGGUCAUUAAACCAGCAACCACUCAAAGAGUGUCGAUUGGCGGGCAAAUAAUCACUUCAACACCAGGAAAGAUCCAAAUGGCCACUAACAACGCUCAGAAGAUAUUGGCAAAAACGCCAGUUUCGACAACAAACACUGUACAGAAAAUUAUUCAGCCAACAACAAAUCUUCAAAAACUGUUGACCCAAGGUUCACCCGCACAAAAGAUUAUCAUCAAUCAAGCUAAUCAAAAUAAAGUGGUUAUUGCAUCGACUCCACAAAAACAAAUUAUACAACAAGUACCGCAGUCACCUCCAGUCAAUCAGCAACAGACGGUCAUACAGCAACAAUCGCCGACAUUGAUGUCGGGUGGAAAAAUAGUUCAGCAGUUCGUGAAUACCACCAAUCAACCACAGCAAAUAAUAUUUGGUGGACGGCGAAUAUUAUUGCAACCAGGUCAAACAAUCAUCACUGAACAACAACAGCCAGCAACUCAACAAGUGGUUCAACAGCAAGUGGUUCAGCAGCAAGUGGUUCAACAAGUUGUCCAGCAACAGUCUCCACAACCCAAGCAACAGAUCAUUCAACAACAGCAGGUUGUACAGCAAGUGGUCCAGCAACAACAGCAGGUCAUUCAACAGCAACAACCUCAGCCACAACAACAACAAAUUAUUCAAAAUCAGCAAUUUUAUGUCAGCAAUGCCAAUAUUGCCCAACAAUUAGCGCAAGGAAAACUUCAAGUGGCAAUUGUCAACGGGCAACAGUUGAUCCUGAAGCCGUUAGGUAACAAUCAGGGGCAGAUUGUGGCUCAUAUUAAACAAAUUGAUGGCAAAGCGCACGUUGUUACAACAGCUGAAGCAGAACAACAACAACAGCAACAAGCAGCUGCAGAACAACAGCAACAACUUCAGCAGCAACAAUUACAACAGCAGCAGCAACAACAACUGCAGCAGCAACAACAGCAACAAUUGCAGCAGCAGCAACAACAACAACUGCAGCAACAGCAGCAGCAACAACAACAGCAGCAUCAGCUCAUUUUAUCACCCACCCAAUCAACACAAAAUAUUCAACCAUCGACUGAACAGAAGCUACUGCAAGGACAACCACCAGGAACGGUUAUCAAAUGUGUAACGGCAAAAAUCAUUCAAACUGUUCAAGGGCCGCGUAUAGUAUUGCAGGGAUUGACUGGUAAUGAGUUCACAGCUCAGCAAUUGGCACUUGUGCAACAACAAGUCAAACAACAACUACUUAAAGCUCAAGAAACCAGUGGCAAGCAGGGAGUUUUGGGUUCGACACCAACAAAAAUUUACCUAGCCGUUCAGCCACCACAGCCGAUACAAUCGCAACCGAAUCAACCGCCACCACUUACCCCCGUUCAAUCACCUCCGCAACAUCAACAACCGUCUGUCUCGACAACGACAAACAUUGCACCCCAAAGUCCCACAAAAGUUUUGUUCAACGGAUCUGCUGUACAAACAACCGACGUUAAAAAAGAACUGCAAAAGGUCUUAGCUCAGAAUAAGUUGAAGAACGAACAACUAAACCAGCAAGAAAAUGCAGCAGACACCACAUCAUUGGAACCAGAUAAUUUAAAUGAAGAUGAUUCGUUCGUGGUGACGGCUGACUACAUACAGCAAACAAUCAAAAAUGCCCUUAAACAGGAAAAUCUCAAUCCAGAAAUUGAAGAAAAAUUGUUGAAUUUGCAACGUUAUCAGGAAAAGCAAAUGAAAAGUGAGCCUGUAGUUGCACCCAGUCCAGUGCCGCAAUACUCUACACCAGUUAAAUCGAAUACUUCACAAAAGAAGCGUACAUCCAGUCGUCACGAUGACGACGACUGGAUUUUGGAAACACCCAAACGACGUCCACCCAAAGGCAGUAGUAAUUCCGAACGUAAAUCGGAAGUGGUCGGUGAGAGUAGUAAGAUUACACCGGCUGAAGAGACGCCUAUGAAUAACCGACGCCUUGCAGCUAUUAAACGUGAAAGUGAUAAGAAGAAGCAACAGCAGCAGUUUCAGUUUUCUCGUUACUCAAAGAUUCGACUAAUACGUCAUAAGGAACAGCUGAAAAAGGAUAUACUGAAGAAACGUGUUCUUCUUGAAAAGGAAUUACAGAUUGAAAUCCAAAAGGAAUUAGCCACUGAAUUAACGGCACGUGCAAAACAGGAACGUAACAAGCAAGAAGAGGUUAAAAGUGCCGUUUCUUCAAGCAGUGGCAAUUCCAAGCGAAGAUCAAUGCCAACACCAACCAAACAAGCUGCGUCGUCCACUACGCCAACCGUUGGUACAACAUCUAAGGGCAAUACAUCAACGGGUCGUAAAAAGGGUAGCACCAAAAUUGCUACUUCGAACAACAGCGGAAUUUCAAAGAGAAAGGAGAAACUGUAUUGUGUGUGCCGGACACCUUUCGACGAUUCAAAAUUUUAUGUCGGUUGCGAUCUCUGUAACAAUUGGUUCCAUGGCGAAUGUGUGGACAUCACCGAAGAAGGCUCGAAAAACUUAACGGAAUUCGUUUGCAGCGAAUGUAAGCAUGCACGCGACACCCAAGAACUGUAUUGUUUGUGUCGUCAGCCGUAUGACGAGUCACAGUUUUACAUUUGCUGUGAUAAGUGCCAGGACUGGUUUCACGGACGAUGCGUUGGAAUAUUGCAAAGCGAAGCUGAUUUCAUUGAUGAGUACAUUUGUCCGAAUUGUCAACGUAAUAAUUCUGUGAAUUUUGCUAACAUGAAAAGUUUGGGCCAAUUGGAGUACGACAAUUUGAAAAAACUAAUCAAGCAAAUUCAGAGCCAUAAAAGUUCGUGGCCAUUUAUGGAGCCUGUUGAUCCUCAUGAAGCCCCUGAUUAUUACAGAGUAAUCAAGGAUCCCAUGGAUCUUCAACAAAUCGAAGCGAAAAUCAAUGAACGGAGUUACACAACCCUAUCCGAAUUCAUUGCUGAUAUGACGAAAAUAUUCGACAAUUGCCGCUACUACAAUCCGAAAGAAUCACAAUUCUAUCGUUGCGCCGAGAGUCUAGAAGGCUAUUUUGUACAGAAAAUUAAAUUCUUUCGAGAUAAUUUAGUUGAUAAAUCACCGUAAUGGAAACUCUUUUAACUAAUUAAUUUGCUUAAAAUUAAAAUUAAUAUUUUACUUAGAUUUUAAGUUGUAUAAUAAAUCUGGAAUAAUUUUUAUUGAAAAAGAAAAUGUAAAAAUUUAAAGAAAAACAAGAUGAAGAAAUUAUUUAUGAAAUAUUGAAGAAAAUGUAACGUAGAGAUGGUACAAAACAAACAAAAAUUUGAAAUUAAGAAAUAUGUUU